AUGACCGGAUACGCCUUCGUCUACGCCACCACACUAAGCGGCCUGCACCUCUCCUUCGCCACUCUAGCCGGGCUGCUCUGCCUCUGCCUCGCGCGCUACCUCCCACCCCCCUCCCCGUCCCCCUCCCCCCUUUCCCCCCCUCCGCUCUCCCCCUCCGCCACUCUGCUCCCCCCUUCAACCACGCCUCCACCCGCCCCGGUCCCCACGCUACCCGCGUGGGAGGUGGGUCGCUUCACGCUGCUCUCCAACGUGUGUGUCGUCACCACCAACUUCGCCCUCCUUGCCAACUCUGUGGGAUUUUACCAGAUCAGCCGUCUGGCGAUCAUCCCGAUGACAUGCGCAUUUGAGUCUCUGCUACACGGCAAGACCUACUCGGCCCCCACGCUAGCAGCGGUGCUGGUGGUGCUGGUGGGAGUGGGUGUGUGCACGGUCACUGACCUCUCUGUCAGCGCGUUUGGGCUCGUCACCGCUGCUGCUGGCGCUAUUUCCACAUCCCUGCAGCAGAUUUCAGUGGGAGAGUUGCAACAGCGCUAUGCCCUGGGCUCCUUCGACCUGCUCAUUCAGACCGCCCCCCUGCAAGCAGUGUCGCUGCUGCUGCUUGGACCAGCUGUGGACUUGCUCCUUACAGGCCACAACGUCAUUCACUACACCUUGACUGCCGAUGCCACUGUAGUGCAAGCAGCCUCGCUGCUGCUGCUGGGACCCGCUGUGGACCUCCUCCUCACAGGCCACAGCGUGGCUCAUUACACCCUGACCGUUGAUGCCACUGCGUGGAUUCUCCUCUCCUGCAUCCUCGCCCUCCUCACCACCCUCAGCAUCUACCUCUGA